AAUAGAAAAGCGAGACGAAAUAGAUCCUUCGCGAUCCCAAAGCAAGAAAGAAGCAAGCAGACGGCAGCAGCAGCCAUGGGUACCCUGAGCCUCUGGGCGGUGCUAUGCGAAUCCAAGAGAAUCAUAAACGCCCACUCUCGCCACUUUUUAGCCCUCUCCGUCAUCUUCCUCCUCCCUCUCUCUUUCUCUCUCAUCGUCUCCCUCCUCACCAUCCUCCUCGUCAACCUCCGCGUCUCAUGGACCCUCGCCCCCGUCAUCGCCGUCGCCGAAUCCUCUUACGCCCUCCGCCCCCUCCGCCGUAGCGCCGCCCUCGUCAGAACCAUGAAACCCCUCGCCGCCUCCACCAUCCUCUUCUUCGGCCUCCUCGAGGGACUCUUGCUAUGGAGCAGCUCCGUGCUCGUCACCAGCGGCGGCGUUGGCGCCUGGUGGAAGGACUGGGCCGUUGUGUUACAGAUCGUGCUGACGUCAACGACUCUGAUGGUGCUGAUGCUUUACCACACGGCCGCAGACACCGUGCUGUACAUGUACUGCAAGGCGGUGCACGGCGAGCUGGCGGUGGAGAUCGCGGAGGAGUUCGCCAGGGAGUAUGUUAGCCUCCCUUUCGAUGAAGAGAAAGUACCUCAUGUCGUCUCUGUUGUUCCUCGUGUUUCAGUUUAAAUCACGUUUUGGUUUCGAUGGCAACGAGGUUAGUUUGUAACAUAACGACGCUAUCAUCAUCACUAUCUCUAUGAUCAUGAUAUAGGGUUGAAUUAAUACUUACUAGCAAUGACUUGCUUAAAUGCUUAUUAUGAAAUGUUAUAGACUUUUGUGUAUACUGUAAAUUAUUGAAUGAUUUGAUAUUUAGUUGUUCGUGUUGGAAAUUGAAAGGAGAAAACAAAAAUCUGAAUCUUGUGGAUACCAAUCAAUAGUUUUGUGAAAUAAAUUGCAUGUCUUUGUUUC